AUGAAUACAGACGAUAUCAACAAGGCACAGCCGACGAGCCCCGAGUAUGAUGCAGAAAACCUUGAGGAUCUGAAGCCGGAUAACGUUGUAGAUGCCUUUGGAAACGAGGAAGGAGCGGAAGUCAAGUAUAAGACACUUGCAUGGUGGCAAUGCGGAAUGCUCAUGAUCUCCGAGUCAGUAUCAUUGGGCGUCUUAUCGUUACCAGCUGCAGUGGCCUCGCUGGGAAUUGUUCCUUCGAUCAUUUUAAUUGUCGGUCUCGGCAUCAUCGCAACCUACACAGGCUAUGUGAUUUCGCAGUUCCGAAUGCGAUAUCCGCACAUCCAGAAUCUCGCAGACGCCGGAGAAAUCUUGUUCGGCUGGUUCGGUCGAGAAUUGUUCGGGCUGGGCCAGAUUCUGUUUUCCAUCUUCAUCAUGGGCAGCCAUAUAUUGACAUUUGCGGUGAUGAUGAACACGCUGACUGACCACGGAACAUGCUCGAUUGUGUUCAGUGUGAUUGGUAUGAUCAUCUGCAUGGUCUGCUCGCUGCCCCGUACGAUGAAGAACAUCACAUGGAUCUCCAUCCUGUCCUUUUUGAGUAUCUUUGCUGCAGUCAUGGUCACCAUGAUUGGCGUUGGCGUCCAGGGGCAUGGUCAGGGUCCCAUGGUGCAGCUCACGGUCAAGACUGGACUGGUGCCUGCUUUCACGGCCGUCACUAAUAUCGUGUUUGCGUACUGUGCGCAUAUCGCUUUCUUUGGUCUGAUUUCUGAAAUGAAAGACCCCCGCGAGUUCCCCAAGGCCCUAUGCAUGCUGCAAGUUUUCGAGAUAGUUCUGUACUGCGUGGCCGCCAUGAUAAUUUACCACUAUGUCGGCUCCGACGUUGCAUCGCCAGCCCUGACGUCGGCAGGCCCAGUCCUGAAAAAAGUCGCAUACGGUAUCGCCAUCCCGACCAUCGUUGGCGCAGGUGUCGUCAACGGCCACAUCGGACUCAAAUACAUCUACUUCCGCCUCUUCCACAAAACCGGCCUGAUGCACCGACGCGAUGCCAUGGCCAUCGGCAGCUGGAUUGCCAUUGGUGUAGUCUGCUGGGUCAUCGCGCUGAUAAUUGCCGAGUCGAUCCCCGUGUUUUCCGAUCUUUUGAGUCUGAUCAGCUCCCUGUUUGCAUCGUGGUUUAGUUAUGGAUUGGGGGGAGUGUACUGGAUGCACCUGAACUGGGGCCAGAUGUUUUCGUCGCCGCGGAAGAUUGCGUUGACCAUUCUUAAUGCUGGGAUCAUUGUGAUGGGAGCAACUCUGUGUGGUUUGGGAUUGUAUGUUAGCGGCAAGGCCAUUCACGAUGACUCUGGCAGCUCUGUUUGGACUUGUCGGAAUACUGCUUGA